CCGCCCCCUGUGAGAUCCAGGUUUGCCCGUUUUGCAUGUUCCCCCCCCCCACACACACACUCCGUCUUAUAACUCCCGGGGGUCGCGCUUCGCUCUGAGCACAACAUAACCCCAAACCCUAUGGAAAUAGCGCAAAAGCAGAGGGCAUUUUCUCCGCGCCUCUCCUCUCCCUCUCAUCAUAUGAGUUUUUGACGUGGGAGGUUCAGGGGCAGCUCGGAGCCGCGCAGACUGAGCCAUGACUCUGAGCUCGGAGAUGUCGGAUGCCUCCCUCCUUUCGGAAGAGACUGACAUCGACGUGGUCGGCGAGGGCGAGGACGGGGACGGCCACACGCGCUCCUACGUGGACGAGGUGGCGCAGAUGCGCGACGGCAUCCUCCUGGCCGGCUCUCCUCCGCCACCUCCGUGCCUGCAGGACGGCUCCACGGCCACCUCCUCCUCCUCCAGGGAUGCCUUCAAGCCGGCGGGCAAGAACGCCCUGGUGAAGCCUCCUUACUCCUACAUCGCCUUAAUCACCAUGGCCAUCCUGCAGAGCCCCAAGAAGAGGCUGACCCUCAGCGAGAUCUGCGACUUCAUCAGCAACCGCUUCCCGUACUACAGGGAGAAGUUCCCGGCCUGGCAGAACUCCAUCCGGCACAACUUGUCUCUGAACGACUGCUUCGUGAAGAUCCCGCGGGAGCCCGGCAACCCGGGCAAGGGCAACUACUGGACCCUGGACCCGGAGUCGGCCGACAUGUUCGACAACGGGAGCUUUCUGAGGCGGAGGAAGCGCUUCAAGCGGCAGCAGACGCAGGACCUGCUGCGGGAGCACGGCGGCUUCAUCCCCGCGGCCGCCGCGUACGGAUACGGACCGUACGGCUGCGGCGGCUACGGCAUCCAGCUGCAGUCCUACCACACGCACUCCGCGCUGUUCGCCUUCCAGCAGCAGCAGCAGCAGCAGCAGCAGCCGCCCAGACACUCUCACACGCACAUCCCCUCGCCGUCGCUGAUGCCCACCAGCACGGAUCUUAGCAGGAGCAGGUUUUACGCGCAGCUCGGUUCCGGUAUGGGCACCGCGUCCCCGGCGCCGAAACCGAGCUCCCCGCCUCAGCAGCAGCCGCAGCAGCAGCAGCCGCAGCAGCAGCAGCAGCAGCAGCGCUCUCCCUUCUCCAUAGAGAGCAUCAUCGGAGGGUCGCUGAGCCCCUCCAGGACUCCUCCCGUCAUUGUCCCGGUCUUACCGACCUCGCUGGGGCUGCCCGGCCAGCCGCCGUCCGUCCACCCGGAGGCCGUUUUAGUCGAAAACUUUCCGAGCAGAAUUAUCGGCGGCACUAGCGCCUGUUAAACAGAAAUGUCCUAAACUGCAAAAAAAAAAAAAAAAAAAAAAAACUUAUCAAAAACAGAAACAAACGCCCCUCUUUGAAGGUAGGAUUAUUUUUGUACGUUUGUUUGCGGCAGAAUGACGGACAUAACAAAAAAA